AUGCAUUCUCACCACUCCCACAGUGGAGAUUACGUAGCGCAUGCUGUGGAUUCUCUAGAUUCCAUUGUACAAUUAGCACACUCCCGAGGCUUCACCAUAUUCUGUCUCACAGAACACAUGCCACGAUUGGAUUCCAAGUUCAUCUACCCUGAAGAAUACGAUCUCAAGUACACUGUGACCGACUUGUCAGACACUUUUGUCCGUUACUUGGCUCACGCUGCCAAGUUGCAACUACAUUAUAGAAAAACUACCCUCAAGAUUCUUGUUGGAUACGAAGUAGAAGGCAUAAAUGAAGCUCAUAUCGAAUAUUCCAAACAGGUUAUGGAGACAAAUAAGAACAUCGUCAACAUGACCGUAGGAUCAGUUCAUCACGUCCACGAAAUCCCUAUCGACUUCGAUGUGGAGCUGUGGCUCCAGGCUCGAAAUGCUACAACAGAGAAAACUACCAGAGCCUUGUACAGAGACUACUUCUCACUCCAGGGGAAAGUGAUAGCGAGACUCCAGCCAACGGUGGUCGGUCAUUUCGACUUAAUACGAUUGUUUCUGCCUCAAAACGAAAUCGACCCUUCCACGGGGAAAAAGCUAGAAGACGUAGACAUCCAGAUUGAUUGGCCAGAAGUCUGGAACUUAAUCGUAGAAAAUAUUAAACGGGUCAAAAGUUACGGGGGCCUCUUUGAACUCAACUCUUCUGCUAUAAGAAAGGGCUGGAAUACGCCAUAUCCAAAAAAAGACAUCGCUGAAGCUAUCAUUCAAUAUGGUGGUGCCAGAUUCUGCCUUUCGGAUGAUUCUCAUGGGCUUAAACAAGUCGGAUUAAAUUACCAUAAAGUAUGGCAAUAUAUCACUGAUACUCUCAAAUUGGAUACUAUUUAUAGUCUUGACCUUGAUGAGAAGAAUAAUACCAUUGUGGUUGCACACCUGGUAGAAAUACUCAGCGACUCACAGUUCUGGAACCACUAUAAAGAAAUAUAG